GAACGGGCAGGGAAAGGCACUCCUGUAGGGUUGGGUUUGUCUUUCUUUUUUCCUUUUUUUUUCCUUCUUUUUCUUUUUUUUUCUUUUCCGAAAUGACUGAUCGAUUAUUUCUGCUUCAAAAAGAAAAGAAAAACUUUUCCGAAGCUCCAGGCGGGGCUGCGGAAACGGAGAGCAGUUAGAUAGCGGAUUUGAGGCAGACCUACCCUAGCUGAGUCUUCGCGGGAGACGCCUCGGCUGGGCCAGGAGCAGAUGUGUGCACCGCAGUCCGACAGCAGCACUCGUGUCUGCCUGUGCGCACCGUGCUGCUGUCGGGCUGCCCUGUUCUGUGUACAUACCGGCGGUGUAUUUACAGUGUGUGCGUGCCUCUGUAGCCUUCACACACAGCCUUGCCUCUGUGCUUUAUAUCCCGCUGGAUUCGCAUCGCACCGCUUUUGGACCGCUUCCCCCAAACUCUGAGUCAUUCUUUCUGCCCGCUGUGCCAAAGCAGCUCUCCGCGCCGGUGGGUUCUGUCCGAAUCGUUUUCAGCGGCAGGAAAAGGCGAGGCGGCAUUCCAGCGCAAAACCCGCGCAAAGCCCGCGACCGCGGAGCUCUGCCCCUCGCAGAGGCGUGCUUCCUGCCGCAGCUAGCGGGAUGGGAGCGCUGCGGGUUUCACUCCGCCGUGAUGGAGGCCGGGAGGGGUUUUAUUCAGCCACGAGAGCGGUGCUUCAUGCCUGGAAAUUACGAUUUCGCACCGCGGUGGGAUGGCCGGUCCGUCCUUCCUGGGGUCUGCUGCCCCAAAUCCUGCAAUAAUUGGCAACGCGAACCGUAGGGAACCCGUGCAGCCUCCCACGAGCUCUCGUGGCUCAUAUGAAAAACGUACUUUGGGGAAAACUGAGCCGAAAAGGUCGAAAAGAGAGGCGAACGCUCGAGCGCUAUUAGCAGCGCUGUGACCGCGUGAAAAACGCCUGUAAUUAUUUGCCAUAUUUUAACUCCCGUUUUCUGCACACCCUCUCCUGCCGCUCGGGUGUUGGCAGCGAACACGUUCCGAAUUUUACAGGGAAAUAAAAAUGCAGGCACGUUCUCUUAAACGUUAUUGUUAUUGUUAUUCAUUUGCUAUUAUUUUUGGUGAGGAACCAAAAAAAUGAAACCCGCUGCAAGUUGAGAACCCAAAUUCGAAUAUAAACAUCCAGGACUCCUGCAGCUAGGAUUAUUUUUUCUGAAUGGAAAAAGGAAGUUCUACAAUCACAUUUCACCACAGCUGACUCUUAAUAAUAAAUAUAAAUGACGUCGAGUUCCGUCUUUCCAGGAAAGAAAUACAAUUAUUUUUUGCUAUUACGGCGUGUCUAUACAACGGCCACAAAAAAUAGCGGCGGCGAUCUUUAUGUACAUUUUUUGAAUUGUUCGAAACUACGAGGCUCCCCGUUUGCGGGGAUCCUGUAAGUGUUUUAUAAUUUUCUAACUCUAAUAGGGGCUAAUAGUUUCAUUAUGGGCCUUUGUAAUCCCGAACGGGGAGAGUGCGUCGUUAAAAUGGGAUCUCCGCGCGAUUUCUGACUAAACUGUUGGGAGGACAUGAAAAGAAAAAGGGAGAAAGAGAGAGGGGAGAGAGAGAGGGAGAGGAGCGGCCCACGCAGGCAUGUAAAAGUAAUUAGAACCACACUUUUGCAUGCACGAUAUUUACACGUGAUUUUAAUUCUCGCUCGGCCUUCCUUUCCGUUUGAGGGGCUCUAUUUCCCCCGCAGCGCACCCCGAGCACCCCGAGCCUCCUGCGGGGAUUUCGGGGCUCCCCCCGGACCCCGCUCCACUUCGUGUCCGCCGGAGGGACGGGGAGCGGCGGCGGUGCCGGCGCGCAGCGCGGCCCCGUUUAAUCCCUAACACUGGCCUUGGAUCUGGCCGCGCCUCGCUUUCCCCCGCUCCCUCCCCUCCUUCCGCGGAGGACCGUAACCCUCCGCUCGGUUUCCAGCGCGCGUCCUGCUGCCAAAUCAAUAUCUCCGCUUGCCCGUCAGCUCGGUUCCUCGGGGCGCGGGGCGGCCGAACGCGAGAGCCCCUCUUGUAUCCUCCCCUCCGAGCUCGGUGCCUCUCUGCAGCGGGCACACGGCGCUUUUUUUCUCCCCUUUCCCCCCCUGCCGCUUGGCUGCAUAGUUAAGAAUAAAUCGGAGCGAGCAACGCCGCUGCCCGCCGCUGCCCGGCUCUCGGCGGCCCCUCCGCCGGGGGGGGGUCCAAGGGCAGGGCCGGGCGAGGAGGGGGCUCCGGUCACUGCCGCGCUCAGCCCGGCCCGAGGAGACCGAAUCCCUCUGCCCCGGUGCUCCCCCGGACCUCUGAAGGCCCUGCUGAGCGGCUCCGGCCGUGGGAUGCGUUGGGUUUGACUUUUCGUUGCCGGUCCCGUUUAGCGCGGAACGGAACGGGAUUAUUUACAGGGAGCUCCCAAACGAAACACAAUGGUAUAAUUUAACCUUUCCGAGCACUCGUAAAUUUUUACUGCUGUGAAACACAGCGAUGCAAAUGAGCGCGCUCAUAGUUACUGACUUAAUAACAACCCCGUGGCUCCCGAAACAAUAACUCCUUAUGAAAUAUAAUAAAUAUAUAUUUAAAUACAGUACGCCGCAACUGCUAUUUUGCUUCUUUUUAUUGCUUCAAUUGUUGUAUAAUUUUAUGUGAAGGUCUCCGAUCACGAGGGUUUGGUUUUUUUGUGCUGUUCUUUUUUUUUUUUUCGCAGAGAGCACGACUCACUGAUGGGAUGAUUAAUUAUGAUAUAAAAUAGUCCGCUUAAACGAAAAAAAAAAAAAAAAGGAGGAGAGAGGGGGACAGAGAGAGGGAGAGGACAGAAAGAAAGGGAAGGGGGGGGGGGCCGUAAUGCGGAUUCCGAUCUUUUAAUCUCAGUUGGCCGCAAUUAAAACAAACUCCGCCGUAUAACUCAAAUAUCCCUUUGCAUAAAAACAUAUGGCCUCGCUAUAAAAAUUAUGGCUGGAAAACACUGACCCAUUAAUAGCCCGCGGACUGAUUUAUACUUUAUUGUUCUGCUCCCCCGCCACGUGACCGGGGCAGCCAAUGGGCGCCCGGGCUGCCCCCAACUUAUUACUGACUCUACUUCUCCGCCAGCACCAAGUUGUUACGUGAAAGCCGCAGCCCCGAAUUGCGGCGGGUCGGGCGCCCGCGCCGCGCCGCGCCAUGUCGGCCCCCGGGACCCUCAGCAACUACUACGUGGACUCCUUCCUGGUGCCGGAGGGGGACGAGCUGGCGGCCCCCCGCUACGCCCCCGCGCCGCUGGGGCCGCCGCCGCGCCCGGCGCUGGCCGAGCACCCCGAGCUGGCCCCCUGCAGCUUCCAGCCCAAGGCGCCCGUCUUCGGCCCCCCCUGGAGCCCCGCGCACCCCGCCGGCGCCAGCGGCGUCCCCGCCGUGUACCACCCCUACGCGCACCACCAGGCGCCCGUGGCACCGCCCGACGGCAGGUACAUGCGUUCGUGGCUCGAGCCUGUGCCGGGCUCCUUGUCCUUCCCCGGGUUACCUACCAGCAGGCAUUACGGCAUUAAACCUGAACCGCUGGCGGCCAGAAGGGGUGACUGUACCACGUUUGACACUCACACUUUGUCUCUGUCUGAUUAUGCUUGUGGUUCUCCUCCAGUUGAUAGGGAUAAGCAAAGCCACGAAGGCGCAUUCUCUGAAAACAAUGGAGAAAGUGAGGCAAACGGAGAGAAACCACACAUUGAUCCAAAUAACCCCGCUGCUAACUGGCUCCACGCGAGGUCCACCCGGAAAAAGCGCUGCCCUUACACCAAGCACCAGACGCUGGAACUGGAGAAGGAGUUUCUGUUCAAUAUGUAUCUCACCAGGGACCGCAGGUACGAGGUGGCCAGGCUCCUCAACCUCACCGAGAGACAAGUGAAAAUCUGGUUUCAGAACAGGAGGAUGAAAAUGAAGAAAAUCAACAAAGACCGAGCGAAGGACGAAUGACGGGGAUACGCGGGUUAAAUGGAAAAAAAAAAGAAUGCAUAAAGUCAAACAAAAACAAACAAAAAAAGCAAACAAAAAAUAAAAACAACAACAACAAAAAAAACACCCUCCCCUCGAGCCCUGCCAUGCAAUGCGUCUGGGUCCAGGCCUCAUUUUUUUUCCCAAGGCAAAUUCUGAUUACGAUUGUACCUUGCUUGUCACAGUAGCAUGGAGAGGCCAGUUGCCAGGAGAGGUACAGUAAGACUUUUCAUUUUCUAAUAGGAAAGAAAAAGGGGGCAUUAGCACGAAACGGCUGUUCAGCUAGCUUGUAUAAAUCUACCUGUUUCUUCACUUAAGAAAAAAAGAAAAAAAAAAGGAAAAAAAAAAAAAAAGACCGACGAGCAAAAACUACCUUUUCAUAAUGCACAACUAUUUACGGACUGUAGAGUUUAGUCGACGUAGUUAAUUUUAUUCGCUCUUUGCGCGGCAGAGAGAUCUCUGCUCUAAUACUUGAACACUGUGUUUUAUUGUGGUAAUUAUGUUUGUGACUCAAUUUAUGUGCUUGGGUGCUGUACCGGAUGUAAUUGUGUAAGCUAGGAUUCAAUUUGAACUCAGGUUGUUUAUUAUAAAAAUUGCAUAGAGUAUAGCUCUGUAGUGUAUUAAGUCUUUUCUGUAUAAUUAGACAGUUAACCUUUGAUUGUAAAAUAUAUAUUAAAUCUAUAUCCCAAUUUAAACACACACACACAAAAGUAGGAUUAAAAAAAAAAAAAGUUUGUCCGGGAUGUCUGGGAAUUACGGUUCUCAAAAUACUUGGAAGCGAGUCGUUUUAGUAUGCACAGUUGAUAUAUAUAUCGUACUGUCUUUGUCAGUUGUAUAUAUGAUCUAUAUAUGAAAAAGUAACUAAGCAGACUAGCUUAACUAUUGUUUUUGCACCAGUGAGCAGUUAGCAGAUUUCGGAGCUAUACGUAUAUGUGAAAGGGUAACUACCUAUGGUUUACGUUUUAAUUUUUAAUCGAAUGAUUUGAUGGUUGUUGUAAUGAAGGUUAAUUUUAUUGAUAAUAAAUUAUGCGCUAUAAAAACCUACAUUUGGUUAUUGUAAAUUUGUAUCGCUUAUUAAAAAAAAUAGUAAUAAUAAAUCCGGGAAGUUAUGUUGAUGCAGAACGUACACUGUCUAUUUUGAAAUAGUUACCUCAUGGCCUACUGACCAAAUCGUUGUGUUGAAAUGAUAUUUAACUUUUUGCCAAAUAAAAUAUAUUGAUUCUUUUCUA